AUGGCGGAUGAGGAGAGUCAGGUACCAACCGAGCCAACUGAAGCGGACAAGGAACAACAGACGGACGAACCCAGCGAAAUAACAGACAACGCAGACCAGGAAACAGGAAAUGCUACAAAUGAAGAGACAGCAGUAGAAAAUGGGGCAGGACCAGAGGAUAAGACAACGGAACAAGUAGACAAACCUGAAGCCAGCAAUGAAGACAAUAAUGGCGAGCAUCAGGCGACAGAUUCCCAGGAGUUGACUGAACCAGGAGAAGAAGCUACACAAACUGAGGCGGAAGAAAAGGUCAAAGGUGAAGAUGGAGAGGUUGAAGGUCAAGACAAAGAAGUCUCUACUCACCAGGACCAAGAGGUUUCAGAAGCUGAAAAGGAGACGGAAGGACAAGACCAGAUCACAGAGGAGGCAACUGGGGAAGGUCAGGAGGUCACAGGUCAGAGUCAAGAGGUUCAAGGUCAAGAUCAGGCUGCAGAAGGUCAAGAAGAGAGUAAGGAUGUCGAGGCAGCUGAGGGAACAACCCCAGAAGCAGCCGCUGCGGAGAGUCAAGAAGCUCCUGAAGAAACAGUUCCCGAAGAGGAUAAACAACAAGAGGAUUUGGAAGAUGCUGGAGGUGCAGAGGCAGAAGCAGGGAUAGAUGAGCUGGGAGAUGCUGAGAGGACCACAUCCCAGGUGGAGAAGGAGACGAUUGGCAUGGAAACGGAGCAGACAGAUGAGCAGCAUGAGGUUGAUCCUCAUGCCGCUUCUCCUAUGCCAGAUCCUCUCAAUGCUACGGCAACAGUGAAGUUUGUGUUGAUGCCUAGUGGCCAGGUCACCACCAUGGCUUGUGCUCUAAGUCAAACGAUGCAGCAGCUCCGAGCUCACUUUGCUAGCGAGCUACGCAUGCAGGCAGAUCAGCUGGUCUUCAUGUAUGAUGGGUCAAAUGUCAAGGAUGAUUUGACCCUGCAUGACCUCGGCGUAGGCCCCAAUGGUGCGGUUCAGAUGGAGAUCUCAUCAGCUGAUCCAGAGAAUAAUCCCCUGAAAGCUCUCAAGCCCAAACCCUCCUACAUCAUGCCCGAUGUCAUCACGGUCAAGGUUCAGAGAGAUGGCGUGCAGGAAGACAUAGUUGUUGAGAUUGAGCGUUCCAUGCGACACAAACCAUUCCUUGGGGGCUACAAACACCGCCACACGGGGCUGGAGUUCUACAACGCCUCGGCCCAGACCAGACCCAAGACGCGUAAGGACAACGGCAUUGAGAAAUUCUGCCGCGACACACAGACGGUCAAACAGAAGAACAUCAGACAGCAAACCAAGAUCAAUACUGCCACGCAGAUGACAAUGAUCGGGUGCUAUGUGGCCAAUAUGACUGAUAAGCUAGUGGUGCCUGGCAGGUACCAGACCGCUGAAGAGUAUCAUGCCAUACGACUGAAGAAGGUCAUCAUCCUGCAGUCGUACUUCCGUCGUUGGCAAGCCAAGCGACAAGUCGCCAAGCUGAGGAUAGACCUGGCCAAGAGAGUGGAGUAUGAGAGACAAGAAGCCAUCCGCAAAGUCAAGGAGAAGGAGGAUCGCAUCCGGAGAGAGUUUGAGAAGCGAAUGAACCCCAAGAGCAAAGAAGACUUUGAUUUGCUGUACCAUGCACUGGAAAAAUGGCGCAAGGAAGAGUUGGAUCAGAUCAACGCGACUCUGACAGGAGCCCAACGCAAGGCCGCCCUCUGUCAUCUGUUGGAUCAGGAGACACAGCUGAUUGCGUCCAUCGGUAGACACAAACUAGAAGCUGAUACUACCAACAAACAACAGGCCAUACAGAACUUCCUGGAUAAGGGGGCGGCACCCAAGAAGUGGCGGUCAGCAGACGGCAAAUUCACCGAGAUGGACACCGCCUACACCAUCAGGGCGCGCGAACUACGUGAUAUCUACAAAAGUCUCAACAUGAAAUACCUGACGCAAGACGAAAGACUGGAUGUGCUGCUGACACUCAAACAUACUGUCAAGGAGCACGACUGCAAACUGACCCAGGAGAUUAUAGAAUUGAUUGAUCGUGAGGCUGACCUUUUGAUGCGAGGGGUCAAGGAAACCAAUCUGGAAGGUCUGCGCAAGCGGAUCGCAACGCUCUUCCUUCAGUACGUCAAGACGCCCACGUUUAACGCUGAGGCUGCUAGGCUGCUCAAAGUCCCCCAGGACCCCUCAUCUCUCCGCAAGAACAUCUACUUCUGUCCCAGCUGCAACAGCUACUUACCGUCCACCGAGUUCCAGCUGGCGUCCAAUUCCCGCAACGUUGGUCGCUGCCGGCGCUGUCAGAAAAUGGACAACGACGCCAGGGCGCGUCAUGAUUACAGCAUCUAUCGCUACAUGCUCAAGUCGCUGCGCAGAUACGAGGAAGCAAUGAACGAUGGCUCACGCAUCGCAUUCCUGAUGCAGGAGGGUGACUUGAGAUACCUUGUGGAGAACAUCUGGAGUUCUCAGAGUGCACUGAGCGCCUGGAAUGACAUGUAUGACCUGGUCUUGGUGCGGUGGGACAAAGAUGAGGAAUGGUCGCCAUGGAAUUGCAUCUUACUCACCAAGGAUGAGGCGACGACGCACAUACAGAUUGAAGAACUGGAGAAGGGUUACGGUCGAGUCUUCUGCCACAAGGUCAACACCAAGCACACCUUGGCUAGGAAUUACUUCUCACGUCUUCCCGGCAUGGCGGAGCACAUGAGGCACAAAGCUAGCCAACCCAAGCCAGGAAACUCCAUCGUUGCCCAAACUGUCUUACCAUCCAAAGCAUAGACUCACAAACAGUCUCUCGGAAACUUUGAAUACUAGUGUUGGUGUAAAUUGUUACUAGGUUCAUGAAGGGGGAGGGGCAUGACCAGGAUCCAAGGAAAAGGUCGUCUUUAAAUUAACAGAAAUUUGGGGACAGGCAUUUGUAUUACUACGAAUGUUCAUAGUUUACUUAUAAAACUGUUGAAGAUAAAAAUAUGAAGCUUGUGUUUCGUGCUCAUGUGUCUAAAACAUGCCUGGACAUGCCUUGUCAAACUGAAACAGAAGGCCUUAGUUUAGGACAUUAUUUGCACAACGUGACUGAGUUGGGGAGUCAGCCAGUCAGUAAGGCGGAAGACAAUAUGCUGGGCCUUCAGGGUCUUAAAAAAUGCAUCCAAGAGCUAUUAUUUUGGCAUCUACCCAAGAAGCUUUCCGAGUCAUAUCCAAACAGCGCAUUAUUUGUACUAAAUAAAAUCAAGAACCCAAAGCCCCAGGUAACGUAAUAAUAGUGGCUUGGCUGGCAGUCCAAAAUCCAUCAACAAAAUUAGUUAUUCGAUAUCUGUGGGUUAUGGUUUAACCUUAUCUCAACACAUACAUGUAUAUAUACAGUAUAUAGUUUGUUUUAAGUGACAAUUAAGUCUUGUAAAUAUUUAUACUUGCAAGUCCUAGUAUUGGCAACGUAUUCCAAGUCAGGGAACCAGACAACAUGGUUUCCGUAAGUACAUGUAAAUACAACUGUUAAGUCAUAAAAUUAGGCUGGCACUCCAAAGAUGAACAACGUUUUACUCCCCAACUUCACUGCCUUCUUGUUGAUUAGAAGUCAGCUCUUAGACAAAUAAAGAGUGCAGGAGCCUGAGUGCAUUAAAUAAUAUUUUUUUUAUUUGAAGUUAAUUGUGAAGUUGCAAAGAUGAAUCAAGGUCUCUUCCUACAAAGCAGAAACUCCAGAAAUAUGUUUUUAAGAAAAUCACUUGGGUCAGGUCAGCUAUAAACUGAACGGUACUGCGGAAUAACGCAUUUAAGUCUUCCUGUAGGAGGAACUCUCAAAACAAACUUGCAUUUUGAAGAAAUUAAUAAAAAGGUCUAAGUACGUAUUGUUUAAUUUGUGACUUAAUCCUGUAUAGCUACCGUGUAUUUUAUUACAUGAAGUUGUGAAGAGUAUAAAUAAAUGUCCUUGGCAAAACACUUACUGAA